AUGCGCCUGUGCGUAUUUCUGACGGCUAAAAACGUCAGUACAAACCGAUUCCCAUUGACUGGGCGAGAAAAAAUCAAUCUUCCUCGCGCAAGAGAGUUAUUUCCAGCUGAUCCCGUUGUGAGCAAUCACGGACGGCAAAUUUCCUGCGGGAGAAUGGCCAAAAAACAAACGCUCGUUCUGCUAGGGUACGAAGAUGAACUGAUUGCGGAAAAGGACCGUCCCUAUCUGUCCUACACGACAAACAAAAUCGGUGGCCAUGCGGACUGGCCUGCUGGUGCGAUAGAGGUUCAACCGUGCAUUUUCUGUGGCCAGCAAAGGCCAUUGAUCGUGCAGAUCUAUGCGCCGUUGGAUGAUUCGCAGUUUCAUCGUACGUUGUACGUGUUUGCGUGUUUAAAUGCACCCUGUUCGACACAGUCCCAGGCGUGGACAUGCGUGAGAAUACAGUCGCUGGAAAAGAGCUCACCGGGAGCGGAUGGUAUUAUGGAAAUACGGUCGGGCAAGGCGUUUCCGAAGGAUACUACGAUAUCGUGGUGUAGCGGUGCUGACGAUUGGGGUGAAGACGGACAGGAGGAUAUGGACGUGCGGGAGGGCUUCAGUACCACCACCUUUAUGCGGGUUGAUACAAGCAGUGUUGCGGCGGAACAGCUGUUGAACGAGGAAAAUGGCAAUGUGAUUCAGUACGAGAAGGUAUCCGACGAGGAUGACGAAAGUAAUUCGAUGGAUGCGGAACCUAUACCUGGGUUCGAAAAACUGCGAGUGGACGAAACGAAUGCAAAUGCUCGCGGCGAUGGUAGACCUUCCGGAGCAACUGGAGGGGCAGAACUAAUCGAUAAUCUCUACACGACGAGAGCGUCGGCCGAGAUCGAAGGGCUAGAAGCGGAGGUGGUCGUCGUGGACACGCCCGUGUCACCAAAACGUGAUUUAAUUGCUCUGUUGAAACAGCCUCAGGUUGUGCCACGAAGCAUUGGAGACGUAACGCUGCGGGGACUGUACAUCAGCGUAGAUGAAGAGCGGUACGCCGCACCACUCGCUUCCGAUCACGUUCGAGAACUACUCGCCGAGUAUCAGCGACAUGAGGAAGUGAAAACUAGCCCCGAUAGUCCUUUGGAGAAUGCCGCUUCGGGAACUAAGCCGCUGUCGAAAGCAAACCAUGACCAAGAACUGUACGAGAAAGGCAUUCCAAUGCACGGCGAUCUGAUGUUCCAUUCGUUUCUAACCAAGCUGCAGGAGAACCCGGGACAGUUGCUUCGCUAUUCGCGUAACGCCUUACCGUUGCUGAUUGCACCGAUCAAGGAAAUCGCCAUACCACCCCACUGUCAGUACUGCAAAAAUGAAAUGAUCUGUGAAAUUCAGCUGCUUCCGACUAUGAUCGAAAAGCUGCGGUUCGAGAUGAAUGAAGAGCGAGUGCCGAUAGACUUUGGAAACGUGCUCGUGUGGACGUGCGGCAAAAGCUGCUGGGAUACACCGGACAAAAUGCGUCAAGAGCUUGUGUUGGUACAAAACGAAGCUUAA